AGGCCGAUAAGUAAUAAUAAGAUAAUAAUAAGUAAUAAUAAUAAUAAGUAAUAAUAAGUAAUAAUAAGAUAAGUAAUAAGUAAGAAUACUAGUUAAGGUUGGUAAGGACGUUUUUCCGCUAACGGUUAAUUGGAAAUGUGAAACAAAGCAGUAAAUGUGAAGUUUUUGUUCGUGACUAAACGUAUUAAGCAGAUUAACUUUGCCGCGAAAUUACUGGUACUUGUUAUGGCCACUUUAAAUCGACCGCUAGUGAAUAACGAAUCGAAUCGAAAUUCAAACGCAAAUGGCAGUUCCGCGCAACCAAUUCAAUUUGCGACAUCUUCUACAUCAUUCAGAUGCAACUCCUGUAAUACGAGAACUUUUACCACAUAUAAAGGUUUGAAUAUUCAUCUUAGAACAUGUUUACGAAAAACAAAUGAAGCGACAAUUACAACCUCUUCAAGCCAACCAGCUGCCGAACGAAUUAUUCCAACAACUGUAGUAAAUGAAAAUUUUUAUUGGAAGAACAUUCCAGGGUCAAAAUUUACGCAUGAUUUAGACUAUACAUAUGAAAGAAUAGUUUAUUGGAAAUAGAAUUUGUUUUUACUACCUUCUGGUGCGGCUGGAAAAUCGUUUAUUCGAGAAAUGACACGUCUUAUAAAUCUUUGGAUCGCCGAUUCGCCGAUGAAACCUAUUUCGUUAAAAGCACUUCAUGUAAUGCCUUCACUGUUGUUACAAAAACCCAGCAAGAAGUCGAAAUCAAAAGACCAUACAAAAGCUUUAGAACGGCGCUUGACACUAUGGGAGAAUGGCGAAUUGUUAAAACUUUUUGAUGAAGCUGUCGCUAUUCAGGAAAGACUUCAACCACCAAAUCCGAAAAGUGAUAUUUCAUCUAUUUCGAAAAAGUUUCGAUUGUUCAUGCAGAAGGGAAAUAUCAACAGUGCUUUGCGAUUAUUAACUGACAACAUGACGCAAGGUAUCCUUCCACUUAACGACGAGACAUUAUUAUUAUUGGAACAAAAACAUCCAGAUCAGGGGAAUCUUAGCGAAGAUACGUUAAUAGAUCAACCGUCACAGCGAAUCCAUGAUAUUGUUUUUGAUAUCAUUGAUGAAGACAUGGUAUUGAAAGCUGCCACGUAUACCAAAGGUGGUUCUGGUCCGUCAGGUUUGGAUGCUGACGGAUGGAGACGUAUACUUUGCUCUUCCACAUUUGGUACAACCAAUACUGAUCUACGUAAAGCCAUAGCCGAGUUAACGAAGAAGCUGUGUAUUGAAUCUAUUCCAGAAUCUGAUAGAUCUCCGCUUGAAGCUUUUGAUGCUUGCCAUUUAAUACCGUUAAACAAAAAUCCUGGUUUACGACCAAUUGGUGUUGGUGGAGUGCUUCGUAGAAUAGUUGGGAAGAUUGUGAUAAACAUAUCUAAAAAUGACGUAAAGCAGCAGGUUCGUUACAAGUUUGUGCUGGUCAAAAUGCUGGUGUUGAAGCAGCCGUCUAUGCGAUGCAUGACAUUUUCGACAACGAUGAUACUGAGGCUGUUCUUCUAAUCAAUGCUGCGUGUGAUUUAAGGGUGGUUGAAUUAGAAGACAAGUUAAGUCUACGUCCAAAAAGCAUAUGGAUUGGAGACAAACAACUCUUAAACUCGAUUUGAAAUAUAAGUUUGCGUAUCACGUAAAACAAAAUUACUACCAUUGUCUGCGAUGAUAUGAUCUGGACAACCACGUCUCCAAAUGAAUCUUCGAAAGCUACUAAUAAAUGAUGACGAAUCGGGCCUAGGAACUAGAUCUAACACCAAAGCUCUGCUCGAUGCGCAGGUGUACCAGGUUAACCACAUUUUAUUCAUAACUGGUCUUUCAUUGGCAUUGUUGUAAAUGUUUUUAACGUACAGAGGUCCAAAAUUGUCUAUUCCUACUGCGGCGAAAGCUCUAGCGACACUGAGUCUGUACCCUGAUAAUGGUGGGGGAAUCUCAGGGUAACGAAAAGGUUGUGAUUUCAAACGCUUAUAUACAUAAAACACACUGAUGUAACAAAAUUCGCACUAAACUACGAGAACUUUUGGUCCAAUAACUCUGUCGGAAUUCGGUAAGUGUUUGUUUUUGAGAGAUGUGUUUUAGCUUACAGUGAAUAUCCAUGAUAAUUAGCUUAGUUAACGAGUGAUCUCGGUCAAUCAGUAUAGGCGAUAUCGUUUCAACGGGUAACGGUGCGUUUACAAGUCGACCCCUGCAACGUAAUAAACCUUUUUCUUCAAUAAAAAACAUAACAUCUUUUUCUGUGUUAUCAUUUGCCAACUUGAACUUCUCCUUGUUGGCUUUAAUAAGAGCUCCUCCGCAGAGACUAUUUCACAAGAUCGUAGAAUUUGCUCCAAAAUUCAGUCUUCUUUUUUUCUUUUAAUGUUUUUAAUGAACCUUAACAUCCAUGCGGUAAUUCUUACCAAUCGUGUGAAUUUGGAAUACUUAUCACAAUUGAUUACAUUGUUGAUACUAAUUAUGUCGGUAUAAUUAUGCAACACUACUUGUUUACUUCUUUUCAGCUCAUUUGAAUGCUCAAGUGAUAAAUCAUGAUCUUUUAUCUGUGGCAGCUGGUAUUCUUUCGCGCACAAAAACGUUGGCCCCUCCCACCAAAGAUUGCUUUCGGCCAAAUUUAAAGUGGUGAUUCCCCAUCGAGUGAGAAGAUCUGCUGGAUUUUUUUCAGCAUUAAUAUAAUUCCAGUUCCCAGCGUCACUGUUAUUUCUAAUCUCUUUCAAACGAUUUUCAACAAACGGUACAAACUCCUUUGAUGUCGCCUUUAUCCAUGAGAGAGUGAUAGUUGAAUCAGUCCAAAAACAAAUUUCCUAGUAAUUCCAAACGCGGCAUAGUAACUGAUUUUAACGGUGCUACCCUCGAUUUAGAAAUUAGUAACUUAACAGUAAUUUUCCCAGAUCUCCAUUCAGACCUAACGUAAACACAAGCUCCAUAUCCCUGCUGACUGGCAUCACUAAAUCCUUGCAUUUCCUUGUUCACAACUUCAUCAUCCUCGUCACUAUGCUCAAUCCUACGACCAACCUCAACAACUCCCAAACUCUCCAUCUCCUUUAAGAUGCUCUCCCAACUCGCCUUCAAUCCAAUGUCAACAUCAUCAUCCCAUUCAUCAUUCUCGGCUUAACGUUCGUUUUCCAUGCUAGCAUGGGUUGGACGGGGUAUAUUAAUGACCCUCUUCCAAUCUGAUCUAGACUGUUAGAUCUAAACUCAACUUCCUCUGUAUCAAGUCUGUCCUUAUAACCUCCUGCCAAGUCUUUCUCGGUCUGCCUCUAGGCUUUGCCCCAGGAACUAUCAAGUCUCUACAUUUUCUUACCCAAUUAUCCUCCUCCAUUCUUUCCAAGUGCCCCAGCCAAUUCAAUCUUCUUAUCUGGAUAACAUCUUUAAUUCUACAGAGACUUAGCCUGCUUCUUAGCUUAUCUGAACUCUUUCUGUCUCUCAGACUGGCGUUACACAUCCACCUAACCAUUCUCAUAUCAUUCCUUUCUAAACUGUCAAGAUCUUCCUGCUUCACUGCCCAUGUCUCACUACCGUACAACAUAACACUUCUUACACAGGCCUUAUACAACCUACCUUUUAACUCAAUUGACAAGACUCUGCUAGUCAACAAAUGAAGUUUGGAUUCAGAUAACAAAGACGCGCCAGAAGAGGGCUCAUAUGAAUGCGAAAAAUCAAAACGUUUCUUACCCAUGUCGUUACUCAGAUCCUUUUCUGUUCUGUGUGAGUUAACGGUAGGAUUCGGUAUUUAUUAGUUCGAGGAGUUUGUCAAUAUCCCAGACCUCUUGUUUCAGAUUCCUAGAAACAGUCAAUUUAAAUUUGUGCGGCAAUCUUUCCAUAAUGAUCGGAUUGAGUAAAGAGCCAUAGUCCUUUCCUUCAAUACCCAAGGUGAAACUUCGUACAUGAGAUUCUAUAUCAUCGUAGAGUCGUCGAAAGCUGUUAAGUCGCGAUCGUUGUAAACUCUUUUCAUCUUCAAUAAUUCGUGCAUGUGUGAGUUUAUAAUUACUUGUGGAUUUCCAAAUCUGUUGGGCAAUAGCUUCAAUGCUUCCUCGUAAUUUUUAUUAGAAAGAGAUAAUCCAGAUAUACAAUUUCAAGCGUCUCCUUCUAAAUAGCACCUCAAAUAAUUAAAUUUCUCAAUGUUACUUAGUUGUGACUUAUAAUCGAGGCUUCAAAACUUUCAUAAAAACCUAACCAUUUUGUACAGUCACCAGUAAUUUCUAACUUGGUUAAUCUAAUAGUUUCUUUGUGCAAGUUGCUUCUCUCUCUUAGAACAGGCUCAAUUUCAACUGUUCUUUUACAAGUUUCCUUUAAAUUAUUCAAGUGUUUUUUAACCUUUAAUUCAAAUACAUAACAAUCAUUUAAACUGUCAAUCGCAUCAUCAUCGUUCAUAGCUAAUUCAAGUAUUUCGUUGUAAAUAUUCUUCACCUGUGUUAAUCUCUGGCUGAGUAUCGUUUCAGAUGUGAGUAAUUCUUCUCGAAAUUCUUUCCAAUUUUCUAACUUACUCUCGUUGUUGUUAAUAAUUCCACAGACACUACUUACAUGGAUGUGAGAUUCAAUUUAUCACCGUGGUGCAAAGGAAUCGAAUCGAAACAUCGAGAUAUCAUGGACGUCUCCAAUGCAACUAAAGACAACUGCAUCACAACUGUCAUGGGGGCACGCAAAACAACACAACCAGACAAAUUGCUUCUGCCUCAAGGUUUCCCUGGCAUUUCUUUUGGCUAAUGUUAUGUCAGGGUUUUAGUCCAGAGGUAGAAGCAACAAGUCUGUAGGUAGCCUCAAAUUUAAUUGGUGGGUGUGUUGGGCCUCCUUCGUCAGCCGUUUAGGCAAAUAAUGUGUUAAUACAAGUCAUUGUAGAAACAUUGUAGAAUAAAAACACCACUAAUUAACAUGUGCCUGAUGCUCAGGACAUGACGAUGCACCUGACGCUCAGGGCAUCUCUAGUGUAGUCAUUUUGUGAAUAGGAAACUUGCGCCUGACGCUCAGGGCAUGUUGAAGCCCCUGACGCUCAGGGCAUCUCUAAAACACCUGACACUCACGGUAUGGAAGAAAACACCGUAAUUAGCAUGUGCCUGACGCUCAGGACAUGUUGAUGCACCUGACGCUCAAGGUAUCUCUAGUGUAGUCAUUAUGUGAAUGGGAAACACGCGCCUAACGCUCAAUGCACGUUGAAGCCCCUGAUGCUCAGGGCAUCUCUCAUACACCUGACGCUCAGGGUAUGGAAAAAAGCACCAUAAUUAGCAUGUGCCUGAAAAAAUAUAAAAAAUAUUCCUCAAAUCUCCUCAAAUUUGUGUCAAAAAGGGUGGCAACACCAAGUAUAACUUGAGUUUCAACAAGGAAUAAAAAACAAUUUGCAAUGCAACACCAAAUAUAACUUGAGUUUCAACAAGGAAUAAAAGACAAUUUGCAAUGUUUCCAGGAGCUUACCAUUCCUGAAAGUAAAUGUCAGAAAAAGUCAGAAUACAACUACAAGACAAUUUGCUUUAUUACAUUUGACACAUUGACCUUCUCUAAAAAAGUUUGUUUUUAUCACAACUUUUCAAUUCCGAAAAGAGCAGAUGAAAAAUUAUGUAAUACAUGCAAACUCAAAGCAAAUAAAAAUAUCCUUACUGAAGAUUGUAAUGGGAUGGACAUUUUAUUCAAAAAUUAACAAGAUUAACAAAUAAAGAAUUUUCGAAUUCAGCUAUAAUUGAAAUUGUAUGAAAGUAUGCCUCUUUAAUGUGCUGAAGAAAUGCUUAUAACCAUUAUUACAGCUAAACUUGGAUAUGAUACAUGAGUAUUCAUUAUUUAAGUAUUUUCUUAAAGUUUCAAAAGUGAAGUAUGUGUAAAAAUUGAUGGUAAUAAAUGUUGUGUAAAAAAUAUCAUUAAAGUACCGCCUGAAUGUAAUGUUACAUGUAAACUUCACGUGUGGGACACGAACUCUAUUGUUUUUGACAUGCAAAAAUAGAUCAUGUAUUUAACAAUGGAUAUAUAAUAAAAACGAAAGUUCUGACGCUACCGAAAGCUUAUGUAAAGGUGAUAACUAUCGUGCACAUGUAACAUUACAUUCAGCCCUCCUUCAUGACAUGUUUGAGUGUAUCAAGGUAACAAAGUUGUAAGAUGCAGAAAAAUUAUUGGAUACGGCGUCUGAAGUUUUGAAAGUUUAUAAUCUCCUUUGGUUUGAUUUUUGUUGACAUUUUUAAGAGUUUUAGUCUUUCCCAUUGGCGAUAAUUCGAAAAUGUAGUUUUUUUAAAAAGUAAUUUUCUAAAAAUAUUUAAAGAGCUUUGGAUAUUUUGGCAAGUUUUAAAAAUGUAACAUAUUUUCUAGUGUAGUGUUUUUGGUAUGUUAUUGUGACGCUGAAUAUGUUAAACAAGUAAUACACCAUUCAAGGCUUUA